CGGUUUGUUUACUGAUGUUCAUCGCCAGACAAGAUUGAUAGGUCAAAGCAGGAAGAAGGAAAAAGUGAAUAAGAACAACACUAGCAAUGGAGGUAAAGCUGUGAAAGUGAAUUGGUUUUAUGGCAGGUGGGCAUGCUCUUCCUUCGCUUCUUCCUUCAGUGCUCAUUCAUUUUUAUAUGAGCAUUAAAGAAAAAGCGAAGGAGGUUCUUUUACCUCUGAAUGCAUAUUUAUGCACUUCUCUCUCCUUCUUCGAUUUUUGCACCUUUUCCUCCAUCUCCCUCCCAAGAAUUCUCCUUUUGGCAUGACAAUUUCGCUGCUGCCUCCGCACAACCCAUUCACCGGCCUUAAUCCCACCCAUGGCCUGAAAUAUCCUUAGCGUCAUGGACCUGCAGAGUGGUAGUGGUGGUGGUGGUGGCUGUUCCGCCGAGGCGCAUGGGAUCCGCAGACAGGACAUCCAGGAGGCGAUUCUCAAAGCAGCAGAGCUGAGGGCUCUCCAUGCAGCUCUGCUUCGAAGGGGCUCCGGCGGCAGCCCCGCUGUGGCCAUGUUGGCUCCUGGCGGUUCCCCUUUAGUACCCCAUGGGGCCGCCAAGUUGUCAGUGCAGGAAGACUAUCCUGUCUUCGCGCCGAGUUACGAAGAGGAUUCCCUCGCCGGAUACAACUGUCUUCGUCCGGAGAAUAGGAGCUUAUCGCAAACAUGGAAUGCCAUCAAUGGCUUGGAAGGAGAAGGAAAAAGUAAUGAAGCAGUUUCCUUUGAUAAUGAAAGCGCGAAUAAUGAACCACAGAUUCCCUCUAUAGUUGAGCGACUAUCAAACAGAGCCUCAAGCAUCAACCGCAUGCUCCAGCUUCAAAUUGUUCCAGAAUCCAACAGUGUAAAGUCCUUGAGUGAAAGAACAAGUUCAGGUGAGUGUAGAUUUACUACAAUGCAUAACACAAGCAGGCAGGAAGCUGUUUCAUUGGAGAUGAAUAUGGAACGAAGGAACCUCAAGAACACAAAAGGAACAGUGGCAUCAAGCAAACCAGAACAAUCUGUCAAAAUGCAACUUAAACACAGAGGUCCAGUUCUUUCCUGGUUAUUCCCAAAAUCAAGAAAGAAAACUAAGCCAGACGAUAUGUCCCAACUUCCCAAAGUCCUUGAAAUGUCACCAAAAACAGUGGAAUCAGAGAAUAUGUCCCAACUUCUGAAAGAAUGGGGAGCUCUUUCACUUGAAUCACUCAAGAAGGAGCUCCUGGAGGCCAAUGAAAAUAAGGAUGCUGCACUGACAGAAGUUUCAGAGAUGAGAUUCGCAUUGGGUGAGCUUCAACAGAAGCUGGUCAACUUAGAAGCAUACUGUGAAGAGCUGAAGAAGGCCUUAAAGCAGGCUACGCAUGCAAAGAGCUCCUCCCAGGUUCAGGACAAGCCCAACUUGUCGAAGAGAAUGAAGUCCAUUGGUGGCAAAAAAGAGAAUACGAUGCCUGUUAGUGAAGAGGUAAUGGUGGAGGGGUUCUUGCAGAUCGUAUCAGAAGCAAGGCUUUCUGUGAAGCAGUUUUGCAAGACACUCGUUCAGCAGAUUGAAGAAAGGGAAGACGAUUUGUCAGACAAAAUAAAUUUGCUUCUGCAACCGUAUCAGAUGAUGUUGAAUAGCAAGUAUUCCAAAGGAGUAAUUUAUCACUUGGAAGCACUUAUGAAUCAAUGUCUGUAUCAGGAUUUCGAGAACUGUGUGUUCCGUGAGGAUGGAUCUCCAAGAUUUCUUGAUCCUGAACGAGAGUGCCGGGAGAACUUCUCAUCUUUUGUUUCCCUUCGGAAUUUGAGCUGGAAUGAGGUUUUGCAAAAGGGGACCAAGUUUUAUAGUGAAGACUUCAGCAAGUUCUGCGAUCAAAAAAUGAGCUGCCUUGUUACGUUGCUGAAUUGGUCGAGUCCAUGGCCUGAAGAGCUUCUCCAGUGUUUCUUCGUCGCUGCCAAAUGCAUUUGGAUGCUCCAUUUGCUAGCAUUUUCCUUCAGCCCACCUCUGAGUAUCCUGAGAGUCGAUGAAAAUUUCAACUUCGAUCCCAUCUACAUGGAAGAUAUUCCCUUAGAGAGACACAGAGCACAAAACCCUGCUCGGGUAAAGAUCAUGGCAAUGCCAGGUUUUUAUGUUCAAGAUAGGGUGCUCAAGUGCAGGGUUCUUUGCAGGCAUGGUUCUUUACCAUAGUUAUUUAUGUUGUAGAUUUGUUUCUUUUAGCCGCGAUCUAAUGUGAUCGACAACCAUGUUCCAUUGUAGCAUUUCGUGUUUUUCUUUUGUCAGACAAUUUCUAAGCUCCACAUCGACCAAUCGUGGAAAAAAAUAGCAUAUGAA